AAAUAAAUUUAUAAUUAGAUUGAAAAAAUUAAUGAAUCACUCUUUUUCGUUUGUUAUGAUGAAUUACAGCUCAUCACUUCUCUUGGUGUUAAGUCUGAUAAUUGUUUUGAAUGUCGCACGAGCUGAUGCUGAGAGCAAGGUUCAUAUAGUGUAUUUGGGUGAGAAGCAGCAUGACGAUCCUGAGCUUGUCACAGAAUCUCAUCACCAGAUGUUAUCUUCACUUCUUGGAAGUAAAGAGGAAGCACAUGGUUCCAUGGUGCACAGUUACAAACAUGGCUUUUCAGGCUUCGCUGCCAAGCUUACCGAGUCACAAGCCAAGAAACUCGCUGGGAAACAGAUUCACCUGAAGUUGUUCAUGUCAUACCGGAUAGUUUCUACGAACUUGCAACAACUCGGACUUGGGACUACGUAGGUCUUGCUUUUGCCAAUCCGAACAAUCUCCUAAAUGAUACAAACAUGGGUGACCAAGUUGUCAUUGGCUUUAUUGACUCGGGAGUGUGGCCAGAGUCUGAAUCGUUUAAUGACAAUGGGGUUUGACCAAUACCGAGCCACUGGAAAGGAGGGUGUGAACCAGGAGAAAGCUUCACAUCAACAAACUGCAACAGAAAGCUCAUAGGAGCCAAGUACUUCAUCAACGGCUUUCUUGCUGAAAACGAAGGAUUCAACUCCACAGAAUCACCUGACUACGUUUCCGCUAGAGACUUUAUUGGCCACGGCACGCAUGUAGCUUCCAUUGCAGGUGGUUCGUUUGUUCCUAACGUAAGCUACAAGGGACUCGCUGGAGGAGCCUUGAGAGGUGGCGCGCCUCGUGCUCGCAUAGCCAUAUACAAGGCUUGUUGGUAUCUGGAAAGGCUAGGUACAGUGGUUUGCUCAUCUUCUGAGAUCUUGAAAGCAAUGGAUGAAGCUAUGCAUGAUGGUGUUGAUGUUCUGUCGCUCUCUCUCGCUGAUCUGCGUGAUAAGAUUGCUACUGGAGCGUUCCAUGCAGUAGCAAAGGGUAUCAUAGUUGUCUGUGCAGGUGGGAACGCUGGCCCAGCGGCUCAGACCGUGUUUGUUAAUGCAGGGACAAGCACUGUACACAGGUCCAGAGCUUGGCUACACUAGUAUAGUUUAUCCAGAGAGUCCAGGGAACAGCAAUGAGACCUUUACUGGGUAACACUCAAUGAAAUGAUCUCAACAAUUAUGUUUAUGUCAGUUAUGUGAAUAUGUUAUGUAACAUUUUGCAGUGUCUGUGAGCAGCUUAAUCUCAACCCAAACCGUACAAUGCAGCAGGUGGUCUUGGCGUGACCAUCGCGAGAAAUCCAGGUUACAAGCUCACUGCAUGUAGAGAUGAUUUCCCAUGUGUAGCCAUUGAUUACGAGCUCGGGACCGAUGUACUUCUCUACAUACGCUCCACUCGAUCACCUGUUGUGAAGAUACAAACUUCAAGAACAUUCGUAGGACAACCUGUUGGAACAAAGGUGGCAACCUUCUCAUCAAGAGGACCUAACUCGAUUUCUCCAGCAAUUUUAAAGCCUGACAUAGGGGCACCUGGAGUGAGCAUAUUAGCUGCUACAUCUCCAGAUUCCAGUUCCGAUGCUGGUGGAUUUGAUAUUCUUUCGGGAACGUCGAUGUCAGCUCCAGUUAUCUCAGGAGUUGUUGCACUUCUCAAAGCUAUGCAUCCUGAUUGGUCUCCUGCUGCCUUUAGAUCAGCUAUUGUCACUACAGCUUGGAGAACAGAUCCAUUCGGAGAGCAGAUUUUUGCAGAAGGGUCAUCUCGUAAAGUAGCUGAUCCUUUUGAUUACGGUGGAGGCCUCGUGAACCCUGAGAAAGCUGGAGAUCCAGGUCUCGUAUACGACAUGGGCCCACAAGACUACGUUCUCUACUUAUGUUCCGCUGGUUACAACGACUCAUCUAUCUCUCAGCUUGUUGGUAAAGUAACAGUCUGUUCGAACCCAAAACCUUCUGUUCUUGAUGUCAAUUUGCCUUCGAUCACCAUUCCAAACCUCAAAGAUGAAGUCAGUCUCACCAGAACCGUCACUAACGUUGGACCGGUUGAUUCGGUCUACAAAGUCGUGUUCGAACCUCCGCUUGGGGUUCGAGUGGUUGUGACGCCGGAGACACUUAUGUUCAACUCCAAAACCAAAAGUUUCUCUUUCAGGGUUCGAGUCUCGACCACACACAAAAUCAACACUGGGUUCUAUUUUGGUAGCUUGAUUUGGACAGACUCUGUGCGUAACGUCGCUAUUCAUGUUUCUGUGAGAACACAGAUUCUGCAAAACUACAACGAUGAGAACUGA